AUGCGUCGCUCACGAGUUUCUAACUCUGUUUGGAAGGUUCUACUGGAGGAAUUGAGAAAGAUACCCGCCCUGCUGCACUUUCACACACAGGAAUCUGUAAAUUCAGCAACAAAAGUAUGUCAAACCCUAAAAGGUGAAAAUCCCGAUGAAAGUCCUGAAUUACGAGAAAAGCGACAACAACAUCGUGCCGCCUAUGAAGAAAUAUUACGUCAGCAACAGCAAGAAGCGAAAAAAAAAUCUGAGGAAGCCCUUAAAGAUUUAAGUUUUGUUGAACGAAUGAAAAUGCGAGCCUCAGAGUUAAAAGAGGCAUUAAAGGAAUCUACUUCAACAAAUGCAGGCGUGAUGGCUUUAUUACAACAUUGCACCGCAUCUCAUGCAGCGGAAGUGGCUGUAGAGCAGGGCAUUGAUGUGAAGAAUGUAACAAUGCGAUUGGAAAAGAAAACGGUAAAAAAUGGUACACAGGUUGGACAUGAGAAUGUCGUUGUUGGAUAUAUAGAUGCCCCAAACGCUUCAGAGGAAGAGGUGAUGGCCUUUGCUGAGAAAUUAGAGAAGCGAUGUCCUGUUGCUAACUCUAUGGAAGGAAGGAUUGAGUGGCGCAGUACAACUUCUACUAAAGAAAGGGGCAUUAAUAAAGAAGGUUCGAUGGAUGAUAGAAACGAUACGAUUGGUAAAAGUAUGGAUCAGGAAAGUAAAGAGAGUAUUCCACGUGGAACACCAGGGUAUGGACGUUAUAAUACCUCCUCUACAAGGAGAGAUUAUGGACGGUUGGAUGAUCCUGAUGAACUACAUCUACCCGGUACUCAUAAGCGUAGUGAUGACACAAAGGAUAAAUAA